AUGCGCUCUAGCGCUGGGCUAGUUACCUAUCAAUGUCCACUGCAUCUGCUACGGGCACUCUACGGUUAUGGCCCGUAUCAAACAGUCGUCGGCCACGAGGGCGUCGGCACCGUCGUCAAGCUCGGCCCCGGCGUCCAAGACGAUUUCCUUCACCAAAGAGUCGGGGUCAAAUGGGUCUACAGCGCCUGCGGCGAAUGCGCCAUCUGCCGCAAGGGCUUCGAAAACAACUGCCCGAACCAGAUCAACACGGGCCGCCACGUCGCGGGCACGCUCCAGCAGUACGUCGUGGCCGACGCGCGCUACGUGACGCCCAUCCCUGCCGAUUUGCCGAGCGAGACUGCCGCGCCCCUGCUCUGCGCGGGGCUCACCAUGGCGGGCGCCGUCUCCAAGCUCCGUGAUUUGGAGGCAGAUCGCGCGCCGCCUCGCCAAACUCCGAGUUAUCGCCGUGGAUUCGGGGAGGCCAAACGGAAACUUUCCCUGGAGAGCGGCGCGGACCACUUUGUGGACUAUAGGGAGGAGAAUGUCGAGGAAAGGGUCAAGGCCAUCACGGAGGGCGAAGGUGCGGCCGCGGCGCUGGUGGUGCCUGCUUCCGAGGAGGCGUUUGCCGUGGCGCCGCGCGUGGUGAGGAAUAUGGGAGCCAUUCUGACCAUUGGACUGCCCCGGAAUGAUUAUGAGAUACCCUUGUCCGCGUCUUUAUGUUCUGCCCGAAGCCUCACCGUCGCCGGGGUCGCCACCGCUGUCGAGGUGGCCAAUUUCGAGGAUAUCCCUGACAUUUUUGAGAAGCUGAAGACGGGCUCAAUUGUCGGUCGCAUUGUGGUCAAAAUCCCCCAGUAA